AUGGCCAGAGACUACGAUUACCUCUUCAAGCUGCUGAUCAUCGGUGACAGCGGAGUGGGAAAGAGCAGUCUUCUUUUGCGAUUUGCAGACAACACUUUUUCAGGUAGCUACAUCACCACGAUCGGGGUGGACUUUAAGAUCCGGACGGUGGAGCUAAACGGGGAGAAGGUCAAACUGCAGAUCUGGGACACGGCGGGACAGGAGCGCUUCCGAACCAUCACCUCCACAUACUACAGAGGAACACACGGGGUCAUAGUGGUGUACGACGUCACCAGUGCAGAGUCCUUCGUCAACGUCAAACGAUGGCUUCACGAAAUAAACCAGAACUGUGACGACGUGUGCCGAAUAUUAGUGGGAAACAAAAACGACGACCCCAACUCCAAAGUGGUGGAGACGACGGAUGCGCAGAAGUUCGCGGAGCAGAUGGGCAUCAACCUGUUCGAGACAAGCGCCAAAGAAAAUCUCAACGUGGAAGAGAUGUUCAACUGCAUCACGGAGCUGGUGCUCAAAGCCAAGAAGGACGUCCUGGCCCGACAGCAGCAGCAGCAACAGAACGACGUGGUGCGGCUCACUCGAAACAGUAAACGAAAGAAAAAGUGCUGCUAG